AUGCCGACGCCCGCGGCCGCCUGCAGUGAGCAGGAUCUCCGCUGCUUCCUUGGCGGGCAGAGUCGCCCGUACGCUGGCCACGGAGCAUUUCUUAUCAAGCUCUCCGCCAAAUUCCACGACGACCAGUUCAUCGUGCGACACCCUACCCAGCCAGGCAUUCCGGCUAGUUUACAACUCAGCAUUACGCGUAUUGCCCCAAAUGCCGACUCCAGCCCCACCACCGCUAGCCCCGACGUCACCUUCACGACCAAGCUCGAAGACGCCGAGGGCCGCAUAAUCGCGAAGAUCCAUGCAACCAAGCCAACCGGCAACAAUACCAGACGGCACCGCUGGUAUUACGACGUCUCUCACAGCAGCAGCAGCCACGGCCGGAUCGACAUCGGUACUGCUGCACCGACCCGGUUCUUGUCCGGCUACACCCCGCACGACGUGGUCUUCGACAGACUUACUAUCAACCGCCUGGUCGAGGUUAAGCCCGACGACAAGGACAAGCCGCCGACUUGGCGGUGGGAAUUAGGCGUGGUCGUCGACGUCCGCAUUCUCUUCAACAAAGGCACCACCGGGUCACCCAGCUAG